GUACAUAGUUCCGGUACAGGCCCCGGCGCCAGUUUCAAUUUCUUUUUUUUAGUGCAAAGAAGGCUAUUGCAAAAUGGGAAAAAGCGAUGUUUCAGACGCUUCUGACGAAGCCAAACAGCGACAAAACUUUUUGAUGAAUACUGAAGCGAACCGUCUGGCAUCAUUUCAGGAUUGGCCCUUUGACGAGGACUGCAAUUGCGUGCCGAGUAAGAUGGCAGCUGCAGGCUUCUACCACUGUCCAACGCAACAGGAACCAGACCUCGUUCGCUGCUUCAUGUGCUCCAAGGAACUGGAUGGAUGGGAACCAACUGAUGAUCCACUGGAGGAACAUAAAUCCCAUGCUCCCAAGUGCGCCUUCAUCACCAAGAAGAAAGAUGAGAAAGACAUGACGAUGGCCGAGUUCUUCAAGCUGGAGUCGGUCCGACAGCACAACAGAGUUAUGACCCACGUUGAGAACCGCAUCAAGGAGUUCACGUAUGAGGCCGAGAAAACCAGACAACAGAUAGAGGGUCUUAAAAACCAGUAAUUCCAUCACCUCUUGGUCAAGUUUGGCAAAGGUAGCCCCAAACUAGAUUAUUCUUAAAGUAGAAAGAUUGCGGGUAACGUAUGAGGCCGAGAAAACCAGACAACAGAUAGAGGGUCUUAAAAACCAGUAAUAUUCCAUCACCUCUUGGUCAAGUUUGGCAAAGGUAGCCCCAAACUAGAUUAUUCUUAAAGUAGAAAGAUUGCGGGUAACGUAUGAGGCCGAGAAAACCAGACAACAGAUAGAGGGUCUUAAAAACCAGUAAUUCCAUCACCUCUUGGUCAAAUUUGGCAAAGGUAGCCCCAAACUAGAUUAUUCUUAAAGUAGAAAGAUUGCGGGUAACGUAUGAGGCCGAGAAAACCAGACAACAGAUAGAGGGUCUUAAAAACCAGUGAUCCCAUCACCUCUUGGUCAAGUUUGGCAAAGGUAGCCCCAAACUAGAUUAUUCUUAAAGUAGAAAGAUUGCGGGUAACGUAUGAGGCCGAGAAAACCAGACAACAGAUAGAGGGUCUUAAAAACCAGUGAUCCCAUCACCUCUUGGUCAAAUUUGGCAAAGGUAGCCCCAAACUAGAUUAUUCUUAAAGUAGAAAGAUUGCGGGUAACGUAUGAGGCCGAGAAAACCAGACAACAGAUAGAGGGUCUUAAAAACCAGUGAUCCCAUCACCUCUUGGUCAAGUUUGGCAAAGGUAGCCCCAAACUAGAUUAUUCUUAAAGUAGAAAGAUUGCGGGUAACGUAUGAGGCCGAGAAAACCAGACAACAGAUAGAGGGUCUUAAAAACCAGUGAUCCCAUCACCUCUUGGUCAAGUUUGGCAAAGGUAGCCCCAAACUAGAUUAUUCUUAAAGUAGAAAGAUUGCGGGUAACGUAUGAGGCCGAGAAAACCAGACAACAGAUAGAGGGUCUUAAAAACCAGUAAUUCCAUCACCUCUUGGUCAAAUUUGGCAAAGGUAGCCCCAAACUAGAUUAUUCUUAAAGUAGAAAGAUUGCGGGUAACGUACAGUAUGAGGCCGAGAAAACCAGACAACAGAUAGAGGGUCUUAAAAACCAGUGAUCCCAUCACCUCUUGGUCAAGUUUGGCAAAGGUAGCCCCAAACUAGAUUAUUCUUAAAGUAGAAAGAUUGCGGGUAACGUACAGUAUGAGGCCGAGAAAACCAGACAACAGAUAGAGGGUCUUAAAAACCAGUAAUUCCAUCACCUCUUGGUCAAAUUUGGCAAAGGUAGCCCCAAACUAGAUUAUUCUUAAAGUAGAAAGAUUGCGGGUAACGUAUGAGGCCGAGAAAACCAGACAACAGAUAGAGGGUCUUAAAAACCAGUAAU